AUGAGCCCCGGGAGAUGGAUUAGAAAGGUAUUUCGUCUGGAGGGAGUCCCUUCUCAAAUCCAGACGACGAGUGAUGUGGCCGAGCUGCUAAGUGAGGGGUUUCCCGAUCUAGCUGCUAAUGAUAUCGACGUCCGGUCACUGGCGACUUCAUUGCACCAUUGGUCACAUCCAGCGCCUCAAGUUGCUACCUUACAAUUCCGUUCCGUACCUUCGGCGAUCCAGUCAAUUGAUCCGCAGCUCCGAGGGACGCUAUGGGAUCUCUCGCGUUGUUGCCGCUGUGAGGGCUUGACCUUGGAUUGCGAAUUUUUAGGUCUGACACCUCUAAAUGACGUAAAAAGAGAGCUGCACCAAUUUGAUUGCAUUGCUAUCUCUGGUCUUGCGAGCCAUCCCUUUGGGUCAUGGCAGCCUCACGGAGACGAUAAAACGUUUAUGUGGAUCCGGGAUGAAGCGCCAACUCAUGUCCCUGGGAUGAGAGCUAUUCUUUACGGCCAAAACUCCAGUUUGGUUGAUGGGUCGUCUACCCUAGUACUUGGCGACAUCGCAAAGGAUCUAAUCGAAAAUCUCGCUGUCGGUGGGUGGAGACAACCGUCUGCGAAGCCUAUAGUCUUCAUUGCACAUAGCCUGGGGGGCCUCAUUCUCAAAGACUUUUUCGUGCGCAUCGCUGAUGCUAGGAAUACCUUGAACCGCGAUAUUAUUCACAAGAUUCACGGGGCUAUCAUGUUUGGCGUCCCGAAUCUAGGGAUGGACCAAUCACAUCUCCUCGCAAUCGCCGAGGGACAGCCUAACGAGACUUUGGUGCAAGAUUUGAAGCCAAAUUCGAAUUACUUGCUCAAGAUGGACAAGGCUUUCACGGGCACGACAUUUCUCAGUCAAGUUACCAUUUUCUGGGCCUACGAGACUCGUUUAUCCCCCACAGUCGUUUCAAAUUCCGAAGGUACGGGUUGGGUCAGUGACGGACCCCCUUCUUUACUUGUAGAUCCAUACUCCGCGACAUGUCGUCUCGAGCACAAAGACCCUACUAAGACGUUCCCUAUCCCUGAAAACCAUUCUAAUAUGGUCAAAUUCCCGCGCAAUAGCUCAGCUUCUCGAAUUGUAUAUUCCAAACUUCGGGAUAUAUCUAAAUCCCGUUCCCAAACUCAGACGCCACGCCAAACUACCGUAGAGGUAAAACCUUCUGGUCCACAAAAACUAUUAACAGACUCUGGAGUGAUGGAGGCGCCGAGGGAGGAGUUACCUCGAAAAGGUCCUAGUAAGAAAGAAAUUAUUGCCUCAAUUGAUGCUCCCGAUCUCGACUUGCGAGUGAGUCUGAUUGAGAAUUGGUAUAAAGGAACAUUUGAAUGGAUUUACAAUAAUAAUGACUUUACAGAGUGGCUCCAGAGCGGAACUGGAAUUUUCUGGAUACAUGGCAAGCCCGGAUCCGGUAAAUCCACCCUAAUGAGGUUCAUCCUAGAGGAUUAUCGUACGUCGCUGUUCGUAAGAGGACUCGGCGAACCAAUGACGGUGAUGGCUGGGUUUUUCUUCUACUACCGAGGUACUUCGAUCCAAAAAUCUCUAGAGGGCCUCAUGAGAAGCAUUAUACGUCAGAUAAUUAAAGAAGAGGGUGCUCUCCCUCUUCAUACCCUCCUUUACCCCUUGUUUCCGCCCACACUCCAACCCGAUAGAUGGUUUCUCCCCGAAUGGACUAUCCCAACGCUGAUGGAAGCUUUUCGACUUCUUCUAAACCAAAAUAUAUUUCGGUUCCAAGUUCGUCUUUUUUUAGACGCCUUAGACGAGUUUGACGGCCCAAGGUUGUUAAUUUGUCGCUUCUUGGAUUCUAUGCUUACCAUGUCUGCUCGUUCUGCCACGCGCGUCUCAAUCUGUUUUUCUAGCAGACCCGAGGAAAUUUUCAAGGAAUAUUUCUACCAUACCCCAGGCUUUAGUCUCCAAAGGUACACGACAAAGGAUAUUCGGAAUUUCUGCAUGGGGACGAUGGCCUCAAGUCCUGCUCUAUCCUCUUAUGCCACGACGUUAGUUCCCGAGAUCGUUGAACGUGCUUCUGGAGUCUUUCUAUGGGUGAAGCUGGUGAUCAAAGACCUGGAACACAAAGUUCUUUUUGAAUCAAAUUCGCUAGAGCAGCUAAGAGUUGUGGUUCGUGAACUCCCUGUUGACCUAGAAAGAUUUUACGAGGAAACCAUCAGAAGAAUACCGGCAGAGUGUCGUUGGGAAACGUAUGUGCUCUUGGAUCUUAUAAUACGAGCUUCGGAGAUAAAAUCCUGGAAGACUUCCCCUCGAUUAGACUACUUAUGGAGGGCUAUCGCGGUAUCAAGUUGUCACAAAUAUGCCCAAGCAAGAAGAGUGCUUGAGAGCAUACCAAUUGACGAAGAGAAAGGUCUGGGCAAGCGCCAGUCGCAGGAAAUACUUACGUGGGGCGGUGGACUUGUUGAGAUAUUUGUGGAUGCUGACGGCUUAAACUGCGUUCAGGUCAUGCAUCAAACAGUUUACGAAUUUGUCACCAGUCUCGGGUUUAAGGAUGUCGUCCUGGAGCACUUGGUUAAGAACAAUUACGCGAAUGGACACAUGUUCCAUUCGAAAUAUCUUAUUGCCUCGCAGCCCGCAUUUGAAGGAGACAUCGACCAAAACGAUAUUGAUGUGUCGAUUCUUAUCAACCAUGCUCGAGCUGCAGAAAUCACUAGUGGGAGUACCCUGGUGGAAUUUGUGUCUGGAAUGAGCAAAUACGAUUUGCAAUCACUUACACGCGCUUGGGCUGUCAAGCAAAUGUUAUUACCGCUCAAUCCAUUCUCUACGCCCCUUAGUUUCGCAGCGUUCUCUUCUCUGCUCUUGUUUCUUAGGGAAUGGGUCACUUCUAAGGAAGAAGAUUGGCAACGAGGAAACAAUGCUCCUUUACUCUGGCUGAGCCUGGUGGGAUCGCGUGAAAUCAAUUUUGGAAGUUGUGAUGAUUGGGAGGAGGCUAUCACAAUCCUUCUUAAGGCUAGCUACAAUCCCAUUGCUGGUGGACCGGGCAAUGGCAUAUCGAAUUAUGAACAUGGGGAUUUGGAUGUCAUAUUUUCACUACUUUAUAUGUUACGAACCCAUUCCGCCAACGACUGGUCUCGAACUCUGGGUGAUCUCUUGCGGCGAAUAUUUGACUUACUUGGACCGUGGAAAGAAGUAGGUAGUCUUCGCAUUCAUGGCCAGGCCGACUUUACCAUGGGUUGGUCUACACCACUUCAUCUUGCAACUCCUGCUAUUGCUACUGAAUUUCUUAGCGCUGGUGCGGAUCCCAAUUGCGUCGACUCCAAUGGAUUUACACCACUGGAUGUAUGCUUCAGUAUGGUAUUCAAGGAAACCGACUGGAUGGCAUGGAUUCCAGUGUCUCGUCGCAUGAAUAACGUAUCUGGAUGGACGAAGAUGGAUAUAACAAGAGAAGAAUCAUAUGAGCUGGGUUGCAUUAUGGCUGAGUACGGAUCCAAACCCAUAAAAGUGAAUUCGCGAAGAGCACGGCAGGUGAUAGAUGUGUUCGAAAAGAUGAAUUUAGAUACUUCGCCUUUUCAAAGUAUCACAGGUAACCCAGUUAAAUCGUUAGCCCGGCGAUUUCGGAGACAAAGAGAACGAUGA